AUGGCCAACACCCAGACAUUAAGGGAGCUGGCUACCCCAGACCUGACUCAUCAGCCCUUGUGCAUCACGUUCCCAACUCUGGCUGAAAAUACUUCUUUCGAGCUGAAAUCGGGGUUGAUUCAGCUCUUGCCUUCGUUCCAUGGUCUUUCUGGUGAAGAACCCCACAAACAUGUCAAGGAAUUCGAAGUAGUGUGCUCUAGCAUGAAACCUCCUGGGAAGAAAUUCCUGGAGAAAUUUUUCCCCGCAUCCCGGGCUGCAAGUUUGAGGAAGGAGAUUUGCAGCAUCAAGCAGUACUCCGGGGAGUCAUUGUACGAUUUUUGGGAAAGGUUCAACAAGUUGUGCGCUAGAUGCCCACAGCAUCAGAUUAGUGAACAACUGUUGAUCCAAUACUUCUAUGAGGGACUCCAGUCAACUGACAGGAGUAUUAUUGAUGCUGCAAGUGGAGGAGCCCUGGCGAACAAGACACCGAGGGAAGCAUGGGACCUUAUUGAAGCCAUGGCAGAAAACUCUCAGCAGUUCGGCUCCCGUGAGAGCAAUCCUACCCGUAGAGUCAAUGAGGCAGAGACGUCAUCCAUCCAGCAGCAACUGUCAGAGUUGACGUCUGCUGUCAGGCAAUUGGCCAUGAGAGACACACCGCGAGCGAAGGUGUGUGGAAUCUGUACUAGCAUGGACCACUGCACGGAUUCGUGCCCCAUUCUGCAAGAGGACGGGGCGGAACAGGUAAAUAUGGCCGGAGGCGUGCCCGCGCCCCGCAGGCAGUAUGACCCGUAUUCCAACACAUACAACACCGGUUGGAGAGACCAUCCCAAUUUCAGCUAUGGGAAUCGACCGCAAAAUUCACUCUCAAAUCGUCCACCAGGGUUUCAGCAACCAUGGCAACCGAAACCCCAACUUUCAUCCUCCAACACAGGGAGUUCUUUGGAGGAUAUCGUCAAAAGUCUGGCUACUACUACCUCCCAGAUCCAGCAAGAGACUAGACAGUUCCAGCAGGAGACCAGAUCAGGCAUGAAAGAUAUGGAUGCUCGAAUAAACCAAUUGGCAACUGCCAUCAAUCGCCUGGAGUCCCACGUUCAUGGAAAAUUGCCAUCUCAACCCGAGAUAAAUCCCAGGAAUGUAAGUGCCAUGACACUGAGGAGUGGCAAGGAACUGGAAGGGCCUAAAGUGGAAAGUUCAAAAAGCAAAAGUGAGGAGGAGAUAGAAAAGGAAAUCGAAGAGGAAGGGCGUAUUCGCAAGGAUCCUAAGGUAACCUUCACUUCUCCGCCCACUAUUAAAUCUAACUUACCUCCUUUUCCUUGCAGGCUGGAGAAGACAAUAAAGGUAGAAAGGGAAAAAGAAAUCCUGGAUGUGUUCCGCAAAGUUCAAGUAAACAUCCCCCUAUUGGACGUGAUCAAGCAGGUACCCAAAUACGCAAAGUUCUUAAAAGACUUGUGCAUUAACAAAAGAAAGCUAAGGGGUGAUGAGAGAGUGAUGGUAGGAGAGAAUGUAUCAGCUGUACUUCAAAGGAAACUUCCACCCAAAUGCGGGGAUCCAGGACCAUUAAAAGAAACGGGGAUAAUAAUUCAAUUGGCUGAUCGUACAUGUGCUUAUCCGGAUGGGAUAAUUGAGAAUGUUUUAGUGCAAUCUGUGUUUGCUAUCUAUGCCACUAAUCCCUCUGUGCAAGAAUUUUCUAAGUUUGCUUGUAGGGGUAAAUUCAAGGUUGCUGCGAACAAGUCCUAUAGGAUGAAAGCAAUUCACGAGGUGAAAAUGGAGAGAAAAUUUAGGGAAAAGGUUGCACUCAAUGGCCACGUGGAUCCUGGAGGAAGGCCACCAAUUACAAGAAAAAUUCAAUUACAUCCAGACUAA